AUGGCAGCGGUGAUUUGCUUGGUUUUAUUGUUUAUCACCGCGUUUGGAUGCGGAUCUUGUGAAAGAUCAACGCAAUGUUUCGAGAGCUGUGUUUCUAAGAUUCCAGACGAACCUCAGCUUUGUAAUGACACUUGUCUUCAGUUGCUAAAUAUAUAUUCAGCCAACAACAUCACUACCAACGUCACCACUGUAUCACCGCCGACACCAGAUGAACCUGUGUUGCUUUCAUCCGGGUACUUUACCUUCAACCUGGACUGGAGAAAUUACAAUGAAAUCAAAUACAACGCUUCGCCAGUUGUUUAUGUUCUGGAAGUUACUCGCCAUGAGAACAUCACUGACCCAUUUGUCAUCUUGCCCCUCAUACAGAAAUAUCACACGACGACAAACACGAAUUUCACCAUCCCGGAAGAAUUCGUCACCAAGACAAACUUCUCGUUCCGUUUGGCAGUGGUUGCACUCCAAGGGACUUCGAACUUCUCAUCACCAAGUCCUCUAUAUACAACAAACAGUUCUUGUGAAAGAAGGGAAAACUUUUAUAAUAAGAGCUUGUUAAACCCGUGCCCAGUGUUUAACGUUCGCGUCAGCUUUAGAGUAUCGCCGAUCCCACUUGAAAAACCGAACAUUUCAACCAUCAUUCACUGGGAUUUACCUCACGGUUCUUGUGAAAGAAUGGAAAACUAUUAUAAUAAGAGCUUGUUAAACCCGUGCCCAGUGUUUAACGUUCGCAUCAGCUUUAGAGUGUCGCCGAUCCCACUUGAAAAACCCAACAUUUCAACCAUCAUUCACUGGGAUUUACCUCACGUUCAUUUCAUCUCGUUUUACAUCACGUCAUGCCACGCCACAUCACUGAGUCACGUCAUGCCAUGUCGUGCCAUCACAUCACGUCAUAUUAUGCCAUACCAUGUCAUGUCAUGUCGCAUCACGUCAUACGUACACACCCACCUAGAGGAAGACUUCAUAACCCUUGAGAUCACGCUUCCUGAUGAUCAGCCGCAGUACUGCUUCAUCUUUGGUCUUCGGGACCAUUUCGUUGAUACUUAUCCUGAACAUCCGUUUGAGAAACAGUAUCGUAUACUACAAGGAGAUGAUAUAACAAGUUUGAAGAACCAUGACAAUUCUAGCUGCUCUCAAUCACGGACAGAGGGCUCAGAAACGACUUACCCAGGAAGUACUUCCCAUCGUCCUCUGGUACCCUCGGUUAGUGACACGGCCGUCUCGGCUGCUAACCAGCUCCAGAAAAAACUGCAGCAACCGAACACACAACCAAGCCCCUCCAAGCCUAACAUUCAACGUCGACUUUUAAGACAAUGUAAAUCGGAGGGCAAACAACUCACUAUCAGCAACUGGAUUAAAAAAUACGAGAGGUUUCUUGAACCCAGCGAGAAGGCCAAUUGCAAGUUUAACAGAUCACACUCAUCCGGAAGCAUUAAGGGCCUUAAAGCCUUGAGCGCUGCCAGGAGAUAUUCAGAGUCUCCAGUGGCGCAAUAUACAGCAAGGGGUACCACGGAUGAAUCGAACAAUACACAGACAACACUAGUGUUAGACUCCAAAGCGGCCUCUAAGGCCCAAACUGCUUCUCCCACGCGGGCACCGAGUCUAGAUGGCGCACUGGACUCUUCUGAGCUCCAGUCCUUCGCUUUUCAGAUUGCGAACGGAAUGGCGUAUCUCUCCGGAAAAGGAAUAGUUCACCGAGAUUUGGCCGCAAGGAAUAUUCUCGUUGGGGACGAGAAAGUGCUUAAAAUUUCUGACUUCGGUCUCUCAAGAGAAGGAAUCUAUGUGAAGAGAAGCACGGGUAAAAUUCCCUUACGCUGGUUGUCUGUGGAGGCUAUGCGAGAUCGAAUCUAUUCUACUGCUAGCGAUAUAUGGGCAUUUGGCAUUGUUUUGUGGGAGAUUUGCACGCUAGGUGGAUUUCCUUAUCCAACAAUAAGCGAUAUGAACUUGUUAAACUUUCUUCUGGAAGGAAAUCGGAUGGAGAAACCAAACAACUGCUCCGAUGAAAUUUACCAGAUCAUGCUCGCCUGCUGGUCACGUGAAUGUGAGGAGCGCCCCUCGUUCCAGAACCUGAGGGAAGAGUUAUUCGACCUGCAGAAGGAAGAACAACCUUAUGUAAAUGUGGAUCCCAGUCAGGCCCUCAUCUUGCCGCCAACAGCUGGCCGAGACACCGUCGGAAACCUUAUUGCUUUCAGUGACGGCACGUUCAGUGGGGAGACCGCUGAUCAUGACGAAGUAGAAAUGGAGGAGCUUCCAAAAGAGUUGAGCCCUGGAAAAAUGUCGCUACAAAAUGAGCUACCACCUUCCAGAGAAAAAGAAAACGCUGGUUACGAAAGCUCCAAUGAAUCAGAAGAUCUGUCAGCCUCGUUUGAAAAUACUGCUGACAUUGAGAUCGGCCCUACUCUACAAAAAGAAAAGCCGGUUGACAUUAACGAUACCAACUUCAUAUUGAUGGUUUAAACGAAAGACUAAUCACUUUUUUGUUUAGUUUUAUUUAGAACUUUUAUUGCGCUUAUCCGCGAGUUUCUUAGGUUGUGCAUAUCAGUACAUAAAACAAAAUGUUACAGAUUAUAUAAGAUAGAAAGUGGAGAAUUACAAGGCUAAUCAUGCAGGGCUAGUGUUCAGCAGUUGCUGGUCAGGACGAUCAGCUUAUGAUGCACUAAUCACAUGGGGAGGGUCACUUUCUUCAUGUGUUAUAGGCUUAAAGUCGUUGUAAAAUGUGUGUGAUAAAUGAGAGAUAGCAAAUUUGCAACUCGAUGAAUAAAUGAUAAAGAUGAAAUGUUGCCCUCCCAGAUACCGGUUAGGUGCCGUAACUACUGAGCUACAGAGAGCCUCACUGUGAACUAGGCCAUUUUACUAGGUUCAUAUGUGGCACGCGUUCUGCAACUGUUAGGAUCAGCAACCGGUAUCUGGGAGGUCAUGGGAGGUCCUUUGCUCGUGGCAACAUUCCAUCUUUAUCAUAAAUUGUGUGUCUUCAUUUACAACUGCCCGGCUUUUUUGUGUGUGAGGUGUAAAAUGAUCAGAGAGUUACGUUGGAUUUUAUCAGUGUGCGAAGAAAUGAAGACGCCCACUCGAUAUCCACCAAAGUGUGCAUGUAAAUUGGGUCGUGUGUUGGCAAAUUCUUAGAGCAGUGUAGGAGAUACGCAAGAGUAUUUCAUCCUGCAGUAGUCCGAAAAUUGACUGCGAAGGAAACUAAUCCAGAAGGAGUGACAUUAAUAUCCCUGACCUAGAGUUAGAUUAAGCGUCGACAUUUACAAUUGUGGAUUAUGUUUACAGUCGAAC